GUCUCGGUACAGCCACUUGGAGAAGAUGACAGAUCUGGUGGCUGUUUGGGAAGUAGCUUUAAGUGAUGGUGUUCAUAAGAUUGAAUUUGAACAUGGGACCACUUCAGGAAAACGUGUUGUCUAUGUUGAUGGAAAGGAAGAAAUAAGAAAAGAAUGGAUGUUUAAAUUAGUGGGUAAAGAAACAUUCACUGUUGGAGCAGCCAAAACAAAAGCUACUAUUAACAUUGAUGCAGUCAGCGGCUUUGCAUAUGAAUACACUUUGGAGAUCAACGGAAAGAGCCUCAAGAAGUAUAUGGAGAACAGGUCAAAAACAACCAAUACUUGGGUACUGAGCUUGGGUGGUACGGACUAUAGAGUUGUUCUAGAAAAGGACACUAUGGAUGUGUGGUGCAAUGGUCAAAAAAUGGAAACAGCGGGUGAAUUUGUAGAAGAUGGGACUGAAACUCACUUCAGUGUUGGUGGUCACAGCUGUUGCAUUAAGGCUGUCAGUAGUGGAAAACGAAAGGAAGGAAUUAUUCAUACCCUUAUUGUGGAUGACAGAGAAAUCCCAGAGGCUGUGGAGUAGCCUCUAGUGAGCUGAUUAUUGUAGGACUAAGAUCAGGAAUUUUCAAUUACUGUGGUAAUUAUUUUAAUAUGUACUACUUGGUACAUCUAGUUUGUGCUGGGUUUAUUUUCUAGUUUCUGUAUAUGAAAUUACUCUUUUUGAGGACCAGAUGCAAAUAAUUAUAUACAACCUCUUACAUUACCAGUUUUUAAAAAACUAUAUACACAUAUAGAAUAUAUAUUAUAUCACUAAGUGCAGAGAGCACAGGUGAACUUAAGUAGAAAUUAUAUACUAGAAAAAAAUCUCACUAUAAUAAAAUGCAAGAUAAAUAUUCAGUAAAACUGAAUCCUUAUAAACUGUGGGUGUAUGUGGAGGGAGGAGGAAGCACGUGCUGGGCAUUCAAGCAAGCUGUUAAAAUUUUCUCAGUAAUUAUUUUUUCUAUUAAACUAACUAUCAAUGUUUUUCAAAUGCAGUUAAGAAUUA